AUGGUGGAGACUGUUAAGAAUAAUAAUAAUAAGAAUAAUAAUAUUAGUAAAAAGAUUAAUGGUUAUAAUCAAGAUGAUGAUGAUGAAGGUGAAGAAGAAUUGGAAGAUGGACUGGAUGAGGAGGAGGAAGAGAUCGAUCCUGAUGAUCUCGAAUCCAAUGGAGAGAUUCAUCUCCAAAGAUUGGGAUCAUUAUUUAAUCGAUCCGGUAGAUUAAUUUCAAAGUUUGAAAAAUAA